ACUAACACCCACAGUUUCACUGCGGUUUGCGUCCUCUGGGACUCUCUCUAGAGGCCUCCCGCCCUCGCUUGUAGCCCUGGCCCGGGCCUCUGGGCCUGGGCCCUGGGGCAUACCGGACAACGGGCGCCAAACAGCACACAGUGCUACACAGGCCACAGGCAGUCCACACUCUACUCUACUGAGUCCUGACUCCGUACUCCACUGA